AUGACUCCCCGGGAACAAGUGGGCAGGUUGAGCAACUUUAUACAGGCUUUCAGAGGAAAUGAGCAAGCAGUACAGCCUCUGAAGAGAUGGGGCAUUGAGGUGGCAGAAAACCUGCUGGCAGUCCAGGCCCACAACCUGAACCCAGAGAGGAUCAUCUUUGCCAGAGACUGCUUCAACUAUAAGCCUUACCAAGCUAAGUGGCAGGAGGCUGUACACGGUGGCAACACUCUGUUGGAGUGUGUACCACUACACAGUUGGCUGGUGGUGUACCCAGAGGGACGAGGGAGGCCCAUACCCUGUAAGGAGGCAGCACAGAACUUUGUCAGUGAACUCAAGCAGGUGGCGCCAGCUAUGGGGAUGAAAGUUGAGUGGCCAAGUGCAGUGUCAAUUCAAAGAGAUUAUCCAGAAGACUACAUAAGGGCAAUUCGUGAAAGGCUUGGCCAGGCACAGAUGGUGGCAUGUGUCCUUCCUCAAGAUAGGGACAAAUACAGAAUGCAGAUACGCUAUGGGGAAAUAAAAAAGGAAUGUAUUAACCAGCUUGGAGUCCCUAGUCAACUGAUGUUGAAUGCAACUCUUAACAAGAGCAGUAACAAGUUCAAGAGCUGUGUGACUAACAUUGCCAUGCAGAUGAAUGUGAAACUUGGAGGUCAGCUGUGGAGGGUGGCUUUUCCUGAAGUGCUUAAGAAGGCAAUGGUCAUUGGUAUAGAUGUCUACCAUCCAGGGAGGGAGAAGUGUGCCUCGCCCAAUGCUAAGUCUGUUGGCGCUGUCACAUGCUCUCUUAAUGCCAACUUCACUCGCUAUUUCUCUGCAUCAGUGGAUCAGCUGCACAGAGGAACAGAGUUGUUUGACACCCUGCAGCCUAUUGUUGAACGUGCAUUGAAAGAAUUCCUAAUGGAGAAUAAAUUUCUGCCCGACCCUAUCCUUAUCUUCCGUGAUGGAGUUGGUGAUGGCCAGAUUCAAAUAGUCAAAGACCAUGAACUACCUCAGAUAAAAGCAGCUAUCAGAACAGCUGCUAACUACUCCCCAGUAGAGUACAGACCUGCCAUAGCUGAAGUGAUUGUUCAGAAGAGAAUUUGUAGCAGAUUUUACACAGUUCAGACCCGAGAGAACCCACCCCCAGGGACAGUGGUGGACAGUGGGAUGACCAGACCAGUGGACCAGAUAGACAAUACCUAUGAUUUCUACCUUGUGAGUCAGUCCAGAAGAGACGUGACAGUGUCCCCCACCCACUACUAUGUCAUCUAUGACACCACGGGGAUGACACCAAGGCAGAUGCAGGGGGUCACCUACAAGCUCACUCACCUGUAUUACAACCUGACAGGCACAGUCAGUGUUCCUAGCCCCUGCUACUACGCACAUAAGCUGGCUUUCCUGUAUGGUGAAUACAACAUUGAGACAAAGGCCCCCAAACUUGAGCUGCAGAAAACCUUGUAUUAUCUGUAAGCAGACCAACCUCUACCAGGGCCACAGAGAUUUUAUUAACCAGGUUUUCACUGAUGUUUUUUUUUU